AUGUCCGAAUACGCAUUUGAAUAUUUCACCGUGCAGUUUCCUACUGACCACAAACAUGUGGCUCACGUGGAGAUCAACCGCCCCGAAAGGCUGAAUGCCUUCAUCGAGGUCAUGUGGUUAAAUUUGGCUAAAAUCUUCAAUAAACUAUCAUCGGACCCCUCAGUCCGUGCGAUUGUCCUCAGUGGUGCUGGAGAUAAGGCAUUUACGGCCGGACUAGACGUCAAGGCAGCUUCCGAGGGUCUCCUGUCAUCGGAAACGAGCACGGAUCCAGCCCGAAAGGCGGCCACUCUCCGCCGACACAUCUCCGAGUUUCAGGAUUGCAUCACAGCAGUCGAGCGCUGCGAAAAGCCUAUUGUGGUUGCCCUGCAUGGAUUUUCAUUAGGACUUGCCAUCGACCUGUCCACAGCAACGGAUGUGCGAUUGUGCGCACGCGACUCUCGCUUCGCAGUCAAGGAAGUCGACAUUGGAAUUGCUGCAGACAUUGGCACCCUCAGCCGUCUUCCCAAAGUUGUCGGAAAUUACGGCUGGGUUAAGGAGGUUGCCCUUACAGCUCGUGAAUUUGGCGCAGAAGAGGCGCUCCGUGUUGGAUUUGUGAACGCAGUAUACGAUACCCGCGAAGCGACUGUCGCAGCUGCUCUUAAACUCGCCACUUUGAUUGCCAGUAAGAGUCCCGUGGCUGUACAGGGUACUAAGGAGAUCUUGAACUAUUCACGCGAUCACACUGUGGAGGACGGCCUGCGCUACACGAGUGUUUGGAACAGCGCGGCUCUGCAAACGCAGGAUGUAUCGGCUGCUUUACUUUCAGGAUUGCAGAAGCGUGUUCCAACAUUCGAGAAGCUGUGA